AUGGCAGCCCCCGGUCGUCGAGCAUGUCUUCAAUAUUUAUUACAUCUUGCUCAAGAUAACUUGGACUUCAGGUUACCGGAAAUCAAGGCUCUACUGGCUCUCAGAGGAAAACCAUUCAAUCCUGGGGAUAAUUUUACAGAAAAGUGUCCUUUCUGGUGCCUGGAUGAUUUGACAGAGGACGACAUCUACUCUGUCAUGGCCCGAUCUGUUUGUGCAAAGUCUGCGUUUGAGUUAUGGGGCCACGGACGAAACCACAAUGACCUCAGGAUAUCCUUACUGAACUACCCAGUAGAGAACAUGUUGCCAUUCUUGCACAAAAACUCAACAUACAGAAUAAAUGUUUACACCUUCAACAAAACCCUGGAAUUCAAAGAAAGAAUUAAUCGAAUUGAUGCAAUGGAUUACCUUCCAUUUAAUGGUGUUGUAAAUCUUAAGAAACCUCAGCACAUCUUCUGCUUGUUGGAAGAUUACGGCACUGACCCAAACAACAUCCCACAGCAUCCAGAUCAUGUAUACUUUGGCCGAUGGAUAGCCGAUGGUCAGCGUGAACUGAUUCGUUCUCACAGUGUUAAGAACAGACAUUUCAUUGGAAACACCAGUAUGGAUGCAGGUCUCUCCUUCAUCAUGGCCAACCAUGCCAAGGUCAAACAGCACGAUCUUGUCUUUGACCCGUUUGUUGGCACUGGAAGCCUGUUGGUUGCUUGCUCUCAUUUUGGAGCCUAUGUGUGUGGAUCGGAUAUUGAUUACAACACUAUCCAUGGCAAAGGUAGGUCAAGCCGCAAAGAUCAGAAAUGGCGUGGACCUGAUGAGAACAUCCGAGCCAAUUUGCGACAGUACGGAACAGAGAAGACGUAUGUAGAUGUGAUGGUGUCUGAUGCAUCCAAGCCUGUGUGGAGGAAGGCCGCUCUCUUUGACGCCAUCAUUACCGAUCCUCCAUAUGGUAUACGUGAGUCCACCAGAAGAACAGGUUCCCAGAAAGAAACUACAAAACCUGUAGAUGGCGUGUACGCUGAAUCACAUGUUCCCGUAUCGCAGUCCUACCAACUGAGUGAAAUAUUUGCUGACAUGCUUAACUUCUCGGCACAUCGCCUAGUCAUGGGAGGGAGGCUGGUGUACUGGCUGCCUGUUUAUAGGCCAGAAUACUGUGAGGAGAUGGUUCCUCACCAUCCAUGUCUGCGGCUCAUUAGCAACUGUGAACAGAUUCUAUCGAGCCAUACAUCUCGUCGCUUGAUCACUAUGGAAAAGGCUAAAGAACCAGAGGGGCUGGACAGUCUGUCUCAUCUCUCAGACCCUCGCUUCAGCGCCUACCAUGGACACAACACCUUCAGAGAAAAGUACUUCAGCGGGCUUAACAAAAGGCUUAGUAGCAAAGAGAACAACUCUUAUGCCAAUGGAGAUUCAAUCACACAACCUGAGCAAGGCUGA